AUGAGGUACGCUAAGGAGGUGGAAUUCCUCCAAUUAACACAAGGAAACAAAUCCGUAGCUGAAUAUGCCGAGAAGUUUAAACAUCUUAGUCGUUUCUACACCAUGCCACUUGAUGAGGAGUGGCGAUGCAGGAAGUUUGAGAAUGACCUCCGUGGAGAUAUCCGUCUGAUGGUAGCCCUACUGUCCAUCAAGGAUUUUGUAGCCUUGGUAGAGAAGGCUAGGGUUAUGGAAAAGAUGAAGGUUGAGGUGGAAGUUGAACGCCCACAUCAACAAAGGGUUGGUGGACCGUUUGGGUCCAAACCGAGGCAUGAAGAGAGAAGGAAACUGUGUAACAACUGUGGCAAGGAUUGCCCCACCCUUGCGAGGGUGGUGGCACGAACUCCAGUUCAGAUUCCAGCCCAGAACCAGCAGAAGAGGAGAGGCAACAAACCUCAAGCAACAGGCAGAGUGUACACCAUGAUUGGGGCAGAGGCAGCAGGCUUAGAUGCUUGUGUGAAAAAGUUGGAUCUGUCGGAUUGUGAGCUACAAUGUCAACUUGUGGUAUCUACUCCGCCGUCGGAUUGCCGAGAGAAGAAGUUGUUGUUCCCCAACUCAGAGGAGCCUGAGUUGUUAUCGUCUCAAGGGGUUAUGAAGGAGAUACAAGAUGGCGCACAAUGUUUCAUAAUCUUCACACAUCUAGAUGUGGAGAAGGAGGAAAGGACGUCUGUUAUUUCGGUAGUACACGAAUUUGAGGAUGUGUUCUUAGAGGAAGUAUCAGGGUUACCUCCAAGUAGAGAAAUUGAGUUCUCUAUUGAUCUUGGACCUGGAACCGGUCCAGUGUCAAUGACUCCAUAUUGUAUGGCUCUGCAGAACUGGUAG